GACGACGGGGCCUUCGAUGCCUCAGUGCCCGGCGAGAUGGCGAGCUUGAAAGGUGUCGUCCACGUGCUCUCCUUCACGCCCGGCAUGAGCGCGUCCUUGAGAAAGCGACUGCCCGGCGUCGCGGUCAGGGAAGUGCUGCGAGAGGGCACAGCCGAGAAGCACACCGGGAUGCCUUGGUUGGAGAGGGACCUGUUUGAGGAUGAGCUCGAGGCCCUUCGGCAGGCGGAGGUCCUCCUUACGGACGCCAGGACACUGUUGAGAGUGAUGGACCAAGCGCCCAAUCUCCGCUACGUCCAGAUUCGAUCGACCGGCGCCGACUUUCUCACGUCUCAGCUGCAGGGACGCCGCCCCCCCUUCGUCGUGAGCCGCAACACGGGCGCCGGCGUGGCCCUGCUGAUGGCCGAGUACGUCGUGGGCGCCGCUAUCUGCUGGGAGCGUGGCUUCCUCGAGGCCAGAGAUAACCAGCUGAAGAAGGUGUACGACAGAGGGCCAAGAUUCGCCCUGUAUCGGGGCAUCAGGGACCUCACAGUUGCCGAGUUAGUGAUUGCCGAAUUGAUGAGGUUUAAUCUGAACAGUUUCCCCAUUUACAAAGUUUGCCAUAUCCAAUGUAUUCUUCCAGUGGCUCGAGUGCUGAAAACUUUCCAGUGUACCGUUCAUGGUUUCAGCAGAACGCCGCAGUCAGAAAGCAAGAGGUCUCCUUAUAUAGACGUUUACUGGAGCACCGGGCAGAUGGAGUCGUUCUUGGCCGAGUGCGACUACGUGGUCGGGGUCCUGCCCUCGACGCCCACGACCAAGGGACUCUUGGGAGGAGACGUCCUGAAAGCCGCUAAAAAGUGUCCUAUACUGCUGAACGCAGGUCGUGGUGACCUUAUUAGCGAGAAGGACUUGUUGAAAGCCCUUGACGCCGGCUGGAUCUCCGGAACAAUCCUGGACGUGUUCGAGACAGAGCCACUGCCCGAGGAUAGCCUCCUGUGGACACAUCCCAAGGUCUUCCUAACUCCUCACGUGUCAGCUUUUGGCUCUUGGAAGAAUCGCGUGGAAUCUACUCUGGACUGCUUCGUCGAGAAUUAUAGGCGACUCCAGAAUGGGGAACCUUUACUUGGCGUGGUUGACUGGAGCGCAGGGUACUAGGCUGAGGGGAAGAGGGUACUGGGCACAAGAUACUUGGUUGAGGGGAAUUGAGUACGAGGCUGAGUAACACUGAGGACCUUAAUCCAAGGGUCUAGUUGUAGUAA